GUUUGGACUAACGACGCAGUCUUGUUUGAUGGCGAUACACCGGUUCAUCGGCCGCCGUGGCUGGCCGGUCGAGUUUUUCUCGGACAACGGGACGAAUCUCAGAGGAGCCAGCAAGGAAGUGGUGGAGUCUGUGCAGGGCAUCAGCGAUGACUGUGCAGACCAACUGACGAACGCGAGGACGAAGUGGACGUUCAACCCCCCGGCCGCACCGCACAUGGGUGGCGUUUGGGAGCGGUUGGUACGUUCUGUGAAGGAAGCGCUUACAGCGCUCGAUGACGGAAGAAGGCUAACGGACGAGAUUCUGCAGACGGCGAUCGUUGAGGCGGAGGACAUCAUCAACUCCCGUCCGUUGACAUACUUGUCGCAGGAGUCCGUAGAAGCAGAAGCACUCACUCCGAACCAUUUUCUGAGAGGUGCAUCUCCGAACCAACCGUGCGUGACACGGCCAUCUCCCCAACCGGCGGAGGCCCUUCGGGACGCGUUCCAGCGUUCACAGCAGUUAGCCAGCGUAAUUUGGGAACGAUGCAUCAAGGAGUACGUGCCAUCGUUGAACCAGAGGACAAAGUGGUUCGGCGAAUCGAGGCCAUUGCGAGUUGGAGAGGUAGUGUACGUGGUCGAGGGUGCUAACCGGAAGUGCUGGGUCCGUGGAGUAGUUGAAGAAGUCAUCGCGUCCGGCGACGGAAGAAUCCGUCAAGCGUGGGUGCGUACCAGCACCGGAAGGUACAAACGUGCGGCAGUGAAGCUGGCCAGAAUGGAGAUAGAUAGUGGUAACCCUGAGCCGGAAGUGGCCUCCGGGACAGAAUUACGGGCCGGGGAAUGUUCUGGCAGCACUGCACGAGCGCCGGUUACCACACGGCAUGAUUUGGACGAUGAGGCAGCGAGCGUAAGUGUCGGUUGACAGGUGUCAGAGUGACGGAAGAGAUGACAGUAUUGAAAGAGAGAUGGAAAGCCGUCAAAGGAGAGUUGAAAGGAAAACAUAAACAAAGGUAGUGCAUAGAAGAUAGGUGGUCGAGAUAAGAGGAAUAAAGUGGAAGAAAAUUGAAUUAGUUACCAUUUGCGAAAUUUGAUGAUAGGGCAGUUUAAGGAAAGUAACUUGAAAUAGAAUAGUUCCGCGGGUGAUUUGUUAGUGGAUUCUUGAAUUCGGAUCAGAUUUGGUCAGAUGAUCACAAACUAAUACAGUAAGUAGGAAAGUUUAUAUGCAUUUUAGAGCGGAAAGUAACAAAAAUAUUUCGUUGUAUUUCCAAGCCGCGGAGUAAAAUUUAGUGGUUGAUGAGCUGGAGGCCCGACGGGAAGAGACAGUUUAGACAACAGACUUGAGAAACCAGGUAAAUGAAGAGUUUAGAGAAAGUUGAUGUAUUGAACGUAAACAUAACAUUGAUAACAGAUAUCGACGCACGACGAGGACGAGACUUUGCACAGUGGUCCAAAUCGGAGUAUUUCGAGGACAAAAUUCGUGGCUACGUUGCCUGCAAAGGAAGGUAGAAGGGAAGCCAAUAGAGGAGAAAAUCAAACUAAAAUUGUAAGUGAAUUCAUACUAAACAAGUUGUAUUAUCAUUGACGAAAAUGUCAAAUUUAUUACUUACAGUUUGAUCUGCCACAAUAAAAGGCCGAUUCACAAAAAUUGUUUGCGCCGAUUUUGAUCCGAACACUAUCU